AUGGAUUCAUUUGUCCUGUGCAGGGGACUGGUGGUUCUGUUGCAUGGCCUGAAUGAACACAGUGGCAGAUACAGUGAUUUUGCCAAGCUGCUGACUGCCAAUGGAUAUAAGAUCUAUGGAAUGGAUUGGAUUGGCCAUGGUGGAAGUGAUGGGCUGCAUGCCUAUGUUCACUCUUUGGAUGAUGCUGUUGCUGAUAUGAAAUCAUUUCUUCGGAAGGUUAUAGCUGAUAAUCCAGGGCUUCCAUGUUUUUGCUUUGGGCAUUCCACUGGUGCAGCCAUAGUCCUCAUGGCUGUACUUGACCCAAAGGUAGAAGCUUGCAUAGCAGGUGUUGUGCUGACUUCACCUGCAGUAGGAGUUCAGCCAUCGCAUCCAAUUUUUGCAGCACUUGCCCCUGUUUUUUCCUUCUUGCUGCCAAGAUACCAAUUCAGUGCUGCGAACAAGAAGGGCACGGCCGUUUCUCGGGACCCAGAGGCACUCCUGGCAAAGUAUUCAGACCCCUUGGUGUACACUGGAUCCAUCAGAAUGAGAACUGGUUAUGAGAUUCUUCGAAUUGCAUCUUACUUGCAACAGAACCUGAGCAAAGUGAAAGUACGGUUCCUAGUUCUCCAUGGCACUGCUGAUACAGNUAUGAGAUUCUUCGAAUUGCAUCUUACUUGCAACAGAACCUGA